UUCCGCUGCCCUUACUCAAAUCCAAGGAGCCGGUGUCUUUGCGACUAAAACGUAUUAGGAGCUGGUUUUCUUUUAAUUUGACUUACUGUUUACAACUAUUGAGGUUGUUAAUAGUCAUUUUUUUAAAAUCAUUGGGCCAGUCGUUAUUUCUACUCACUGGAUACCGAAGCAUUUAUGGUCAAGGAUCAAAUACGAGUCUUCAUGAGAUCCGGAUUAGAGAGCAUUCCUGACGCAUUUUCCCCCCCAGCUACAACAGCGUGGAUCACACGCCCGAUAGUGGAACUGUAUCCCACGACGGAAUAUUUGUAGAAUAAAUCACACAUUUCGUGGAUUACGGGAAUGCUGUUGUCGAAAUUAAACUCAUUCGCUCAUAUCUCCACCGUUGAUAUGCCGGCGAAAAUCCAGCUUCAAAUUCACCAAGGGAAGGAGAGGGAGCCAUUUGAUAAGGUUUACCAGGUCGGCGCUGUGCUGGGAAGCGGCGGGUUUGGCACCGUCUAUUCAGGCACGACCAUUUCAGAUGGAGCACUGGUUGCUGUCAAACAUGUGGCCAAGGAUCGGGUCUCGGAUUGGGGAGAGAUGCCCAAUGGCUCUCGCGUCCCUAUGGAGAUUCUACUCUUGAAGAAAGUUGGAAAUGGGGCUCGGGGGGUAAUAAAAAUGCUGGACUGGUACGAGCGACCUGACAGCUUUAUUAUUGUCAUGGAACGACCGGAGAACGGCAAGGACCUGUUUGAUUUCAUCACUGAGAAGGGCGCCUUACCAGAGGAGCUGGCAAAGAACUUUUUCCGCCAGGUUCUUGAAGCCGUGCGACACUGCCACAACUGUGGGGUUGUACACAGGGACAUCAAGGACGAAAAUAUCCUCAUCGAUUUUCGGACGGGCGAAAUUAAACUUAUUGACUUUGGAUCUGGGGCAUUGCUCAAAGACACUGUUUACACCGACUUCGACGGCACUAGAGUGUACAGUCCACCAGAAUGGAUCAAAUACCAUCGGUACCAUGGGCGGUCAGCCACAGUUUGGUCUCUGGGUGUCCUGUUGUAUGACAUGGUGUGUGGAGAUAUCCCCUUCGAGCAGGACGAGGAGAUUGUACGAGGCCAGGUGCUCUUCAGACGAAGAAUCUCCACAGAGUGCCAGCAGUUGAUCAAGUUGUGCUUGUCCCUGAGACCUGCUGAGAGGCCAUCGUUUGAGGACAUCAUCAAUCACCCAUGGAUGCAGAGCACAGUUUCCUCUGCAGAGCAGAGCAACGAGAUCCGACUGCACAGCAUCAGCCCUGAGCCUACUGCCUUCACCACCGUGGUGGCCCAGUGACUGCAUGGCUGCACUGACAGAGACUAGUGGUGCACCCAGAGGACUGAUGUGGCCGUACACUGAAACACAACAUAUGUUAUACAGAAGGAAGUUACAGAUGACUCUUGUUAAAUCUCUCUCCCUCUUUCUCUUGUGGCCAGACCCCACCUGUUCACACAGCUUUUGGACUUCAUGAAAACCAAAGUCCUUAAUAGCUACUUGUAAUAGCGAAAGCUAUUCUCACCCUUACGAAGGACUUGCUCUAUAAUAUUGGCUGUGGUGUGAGAUUAUGUUCACCAGAAAAGGGUCCAUCCCUACCCAUGUGAUUGUUCUACUGAAGGCAUGAACAAGUGGACAGUCUUUGUUACAUAACUAGCUACCAACCAGCCACUGUACUCUGUUGUUGCUUACUGAUGAGUGGGAGUCAGAGGAAGCAGAUCUAAAUGCCUUUGGUUGUGAGUCAGAUUGUUGGGACCCUGGAAAUACUUGAAAUAAAAUAAUACUUCACAAGGCUUUAUUUCCUAUCUCAUAGGCAUAGAUCAGUAAAGCCUAUGCCAUAUUCCAAUGUCAACAGCAACAAGACAACCUCAUAUGGUGCAAACAAGAACCUGAAAACUUUACCUCACUUUCCUGCAUCCACCUCUGAGCUUUUAACUCCUGUCCACACAGUUACCACUCAUCCAGAUGUUAAUGCACACUGAAAUGCAAAGCACCACACUGAAACACUAAAUGUCCUGCUCUUUUGUUUGUGUAAACAUGUAUCUGUGUCUUUCGCAUAACAGGCUAGCAUUGAGGCCAUUGUGAAUAAUAUUUAUUUGUGUUUUUUUUUCUUUCACUCGAGCUACGUGGAUUUAUUUAUUUUAAGAGAAUUUUGGCUGUAUAUUUCAUUCCACGGUUAUUGAAGGGCCCACAGAUUAUUUAAAUGUAUUUUGACCAUAUUUAUGGUUUAAAAUCUUCUGAGCAGAUGUGUAUAUGUGUAAAUAACCUUCAAAGCACUUCCAUUUUAAUGUAACAUUGAAUGUCUACUGAUGACAUUUUUUGUUACUGUAUUUGUCUGAUGUGGAUGAAAUGACUGUUACAUACAUCUUGUUUUCACCUCUAGUUGUAUGAUUGCGGCUUGUUUUGUUUUUUCAUCCAAAUUGUAAAUUGUUAAAAAUAUUUUUAUACGUUUCUCAAUAAAUAUUUUUUUUUACCUUGA